GUGGAUCGAAGCUGCUACAUUCAACAUCUUCCCAAGGGCUUGUGCUGGCGGCUCUCACGGAACAGCGGGAUCAAAAAUGGGACCGCAUGGACAUGAAUUUCUGCCGAGACAUUUCGCAUUCGGUGUAUUUGAUUCUGCACCUGAACCCCCAUGCCGCUACUGCAUUGGAGCACAUGCCGGAACGGAAAUACCCCUACAACACGCUGUUGCGUAGCGAGAAGGCAAUCACCUCUCCGCUCCUGCACGCGAGUGUCUGGGGGUUGAACCACGCGCGGUGGAACCGAAGACGAUACAGCAAU